AUGGGAGCUCUGCUUUUGGAGAGCGUCCCGCCUCACGUCCUGUUUCCUCGCGAGGCUCCUCACGAGUCCCGCGCUCCAUGGACCUUGUCCAUCCUCGCCGCCUCUUGCAGCUUCUGCAUUUUCUGCCUCAGUUCUGGCAAGGCAUGCAUCGUGCCACUUGCUGUCCUUGAUGUCGGUCCGAGGGCGCUCUCCGACUCUGCGGACGGCUACGUGCAGGUAAUGCGGGCUAAGCGCCGGCUCCGAAGGCAUCUUCUUCCGUAUCAAGACGUGACAGGGACUUGCAAGCUGCAGCGUCGAUGCUGUGGCCGCCAGAAGUUGAAGUCGCGAGCGCGUGGCAAGACCCCUGAAAUCCUCGGUUUCGGGUUGAACAUCCUGACAAGCCCGGCGGUCCAGAAAGAGUUUGAAACCCAGGCAACCCUCCUGCAAGAGUGUAGUGCGCAGGUACAAAGGAGGUGGCUGGCCUCCGUCCUGCUAGGAGCUGCGCAUACACAGCGGACCCUGUACCAACAUCUCCGAGAUGGUGUGCGCACUAGAAGACGAUGA